CAACAGGUGUUGACUAAAGCAAGCAAAAGCAGUUGGCUCAAUUAAAUUCAGCCUGACACUUCUCCCUGGAAGAAACCAACUAGAAUAGUUUGUGUUUUAAUUCUUUAAGUGUAGCUUUAAAGGGGCAGGAAGAUGUCGAGGAAAUGUGCUCAGUAACAUUCCUACAGGAUAUACAUUGGUUCAGAAGACCGUGCUGCCAGAGUGUUGUCUCAGAGUCUGAGAGUGUGGAAUCUGUGACGAGAAGGAAAGGAGGAAAGAAUGAAGAAACUAAACGAAUUGUGCUGUCGAACUUGCCCUUCGAAGCCAAGUGGAAAGAAAAUCCAAACAGAUAUUAUGCAGGCAACAAAAUCAAGACCACCAGAUACACAUUCUUGUCUUUUAUCCCUAAAAAUAUUUUUGAACAGUUUCACCGCUUUGCCAACAUAUAUUUUGUGGCCAUCGUUGUUCUUAAUUUUGUGCCGGUAGUCAAUGUUUUUGAGCCAGGAAUCUCUGUGUUGCCCAUCUGUGUUAUAAUGGCCAUCACUGCUCUUAAAGAUGCUUGGGAAGACUUCCGGAGAUACAAGCUGGACAAGGAGAUCAAUAGCAUGGACUGCCUAGUAUACAGCAGGAGCCAAAACACCUACAUUGAGAAGUGCUGGAAAGAUGUUCAAGUGGGAGAUUUUGUGCAGCUGCAGUGCAAUGAGGUCAUUCCUGCUGAUAUUCUGCUCCUCUACUCCUCUGAUCAGAACAGGAUCUGUUAUCUGGAGACAGCAAAUCUGGAUGGCGAGACCAACCUUAAACAAAGACAAGUUGUGAAAGGCUUCUCCCAUCAGAAUACGGAAUUUGAGCCAGAAUUAUUCCAAAAUAUCAUUGUUUGUGAAAAACCUAACAAUGAUCUCAAUAGAUUUACAGGCUAUAUGGAACAGCCUGAUUGCACACGAAUUGGACUUGACAAUGAAAACCUUCUUCUUCGUGGUUGCGUAAUAAGGAAUACAGAGGUUGCGAUAGGAAUUGUUAUCUAUGCAGGCCACGAAACCAAAGCUAUGUUGAAUAACAGAGGUCCUCGUUAUAAACGCAGCAAGAUAGAACAACAGAUGAACAUGGAUAUAUUCUUCUGUGUGGGACUGCUCUUCAUCAUGUGUCUCAUUGGAGCGUUAGGUCAAAGUAUUUGGAAUGGAAGUUUUCUCACCCACCCCUUAUUUAUUAUCCCAGACAUAAAUGGCAACUACCUUGGUCCAGCUCUUGCAGGUUUCUACACAUUCCUGACAAUGAUCAUCCUUUUACAGAUCUUAAUUCCUAUCUCCCUCUAUAUAUCGAUUGAACUAGUCAAGUUGGGCCAAGUUUUCUUAAUUCAUAAUGAUAUUGACUUGUAUAAUGAAGAGCAAGAUUUGCCCAUACAGUGCCGAGCACUCAAUAUCACUGAAGACCUGGGACAAGUUCAGUAUGUCUUCUCUGACAAGACAGGGACACUGACGGAGAACAAGAUGGUAUUUCGAAGAUGUACAAUUAAUGGGAAAGAAUUUUCACAUCAGGAAAAUGCUAAGCGAUUGGAUUCAUACAAGGAAAUUGAUUUGGAGACUGAAAACUGGAAAAAACAUUUGAGCCUCCCUUCCAAAGUUGGAGAAAUAACCACAGUAACAGAGAGAAACAAUGCAAGGCCUUUGCAAAGAUGUCAUAGUGCUCGGCCCCAUUUUCAGGGACAUGCGAGAAAGAAAUAUCAGGGUCUCUGGGGAAUUGUUCCAUCUCAGGUGGCAUUUAGUAGCACCCUUGAGAAAGAUGUGACCCCUGACAACAAGCUGCUGAUGAAAAUGAAGAACCUCUCAUGCCCACCAGAAUCUUUUAAAUCCUUUACUGAUGGAGAAACCACAUCUUCCAUCACAGACUUCUUUCUUGCUCUGACCCUCUGCAACACGGUAGUGGUCUCUACAGCAACUGAACCAAGGCAAAGGGUUACGACUCCAUCACUGAUGAAGCAGUCAGGCCUCUCCCUGGAGAAAAUUCACCAGCUGUUCCAGUGGCUGAAAUUGGCGAGCCUCAGCCAGACAUCGAUUCAAUCGAGUUCAGACUUAGGAGAAAGUAUUAACACAGAGAGCAGCACUGCCGCUGCGGAAUCAAAAAUGAAAGAUGAAUGUCCUACUCAAAGCUGUUCCAGCUUAACAGAUGAUGAGAGUCUUAGAAGGGAGUCCUUCAGUGAGAAUGACCUCUGUGGGGUUUCAGGUCCCUCUCCAAAUGAGAGGAGCUUUGCAAGCAGAGACCAUGGGCCUUUCCAGGGAGAAUUUUGUUAUGAGGCAGAAAGUCCAGAUGAAGCAGCUCUAGUCCACGCAGCCCAUGCCUACCAGUUUACAUUAGUCUCCAGAACUCCUGAACAAGUGACUGUAAGGUUGCCGGAAGGGACUCUUCUGACCUUUGACCUCUUGUUUACUUUGGGAUUUGAUUCCAGCAGGAAGAGGAUGUCAGUGGUAGUAAGGCAUCCCCUCACCAAAGAAAUCAUAAUCUAUACCAAAGGGGCAGACUCCGCCAUAAUGGAUGUAUUGGAAGAGCCUACCAAAGCUAGUGUGGCCAUGGGAAAAAGGAUAAGAAGAGUGAGAACACAAACACAAAAACAUUUAGAUUGGUACGCACGUGACGGUCUGAGAACUCUAUGCAUAGCAAAGAAGACAUUAAGUGAAGAGGAAUUUCGAAAAUGGCUCAACUUUCAUCAUGAGGCAGAAAUAGCUGUUGACAACAGAGAUGAACUUUUAAUGGAAGCAGCACAACAUCUGGAAAGUAAACUCACCUUAUUAGGAGCAACAGGGAUUGAAGACCGGUUACAAGAAGGAGUGCCUGAUACCAUUGCUGCCUUCAAAGAAGCUGGAAUCCAAACAUGGGUAUUAACCGGAGAUAAGCAGGAAACAGCUGUCAACAUUGCCUAUUCUUGCAAACUUCUAGACCAAAGAGACACUGUGUUUACCAUUAAUACUGAAAGUAAGGAAACUUGUGAAUCGCUGCUGGAUAUCAUGUUGGAAGAGGUGCAGAAGGGUCGAGUGAUUCCUAGAAAAAUAUGGAGUAUUUUUGGCUUUAAGCUGCCAUUUUCUUGGUCAACCAUAGGACUUCCAAAUCCCGUUAUUGGACUAGUAGUUGAUGGAAGAGCUCUGAAUACUAUUUUCCAAGGAAAACUUGAGCACAAGUUUCUUCAACUUACAAAAUACAGCCACUCAGUUUUGUGCUGCCGAUGCACUCCCUUGCAGAAAAGCAUGGUUGUCAAACUUGUACGGAAUCAGCUGAAAGUGUUGACCCUUGCAGUAGGUGAUGGCGCAAAUGAUGUAGGUAUGCUCCAGGCAGCUGAUAUUGGAAUUGGCAUUUCUGGACAAGAAGGUAUGCAGGCUGUCAUGGCCAGUGAUUUUUCAGUAUCUCAGUUUAAACACCUCAAGAAGUUACUUCUAGUCCAUGGACACUGGUGCUAUUCUCGCUUGGGAAAGAUGGUGCUAUACUUUUUCUAUAAAAAUGUGACCUAUGUCAACCUCCUCUUCUGGUACCAGUUCUUCUGUGCUUUCUCUGGGGCUUCUAUGAUAGACUACUGGCAAAUGAUAUUUUUCAACUUGUUUUUUACAUCUGUACCACCAUUAAUUUCCGGAAUUCUGGAUAAAGACAUUUCUGCAGAAACCCUAUUGAACAUUCCUGCGCUUUAUAAAAGUGGACAAAAUUCAGAGAUUUACAAAACUCUAACGUUUUGCCUUGCUAUCUUGGAUGCCUUUUACCAGAGUCUCAUUUGCUUCUUCAUCCCUUAUCUAGUUUACCAGGAUUCUGAUACUGAUGUUUUUGCUUUUGGAACAGUAGUUAACACUGGUGCCCUUCUUACUAUUCUUUUUCACCAAGCUUUAGAAAUUCAGAUGUGGACCCUGUUCCAUGGGAUUGCAAUAAUUGGGAGCAUUUUGCUGUACUUCGUUUUCUCAUCCAUCUACAAUGCAACCUGUGUCCUUUGUAACCAUCCCACAAAUCCCUACUGGAUUAUGGAGAUGGAAUUUUCAGAGCCAAGCUUUUAUUUUACAAUCAUUAUGAUGCCAGUCGUAGCACUUCUCCCAAGAUAUCUUAUAUUGGCUUUGCAAGGGACUUUCAAGAUAUCUUGCAUCCUGAAAGCACAACAGCUAGAGAAGUUGCCAAAAGAACAACAGGACUGGGAAAUACAGAAAUGGAAGCUGAUAAAAGAAGGCCCAGCAAUCCACAGUAAUGACCCUAGUCAACUCAGUGGAAAUAUUUGUGAUCAUGCAGCAUUUGGGCUUCCUGAGACCAAUGUUCUUCAGGGCCUUGGGCCUCUGCAGAAAGAAAUGCUUGAAGAAAAGACUUUGAAUGAGGAAGCCAAGGAUGAUACCAAAAGAUGCAUCCAGGAAGAGACUGGACAAUUUACAGCUGUGGAGCUAUUUACUGGCCAAAUCCCCCAGAACACUGGAAGUUCUGCUGAGCGAAGCCAUCGGAGGUCUGUGAGUGCAGUGACUUUGUGAAGGAGGCACGGCUUUCGAAGGGGAAAAGUAAAAACAGACUCACUCUCCAUGAAUAAAGGGAAUAGAAGGAAAAAUAUAAUUCCUUUUUUAUGUUACAUAGCAGCAAUGUCCAGAUGGGAGACCUAAAAUAAAACUUCAUCAGUAUACCGAGAAACUGUGUUUUGACUGUACAGUGCAAGACAUCUUGGAUGCAUAUGACUAUAUAUUUCUUGUGGGGGGAAAGGGUUCAAAUCAGGGGUGAAAUGCUCCCGGUCGAUCCCGUAGCGAUGGCAGCUGGUGGUUCGGAGCACCAGUAGCAAAAAUCCCUGCAUGCCCCCCCCCCACCAUGCCCAGCUGAGCUGCAUGAUCAUCAGAGGCUUUUUUUUUUUACUUUUAAAAGCAUUUUUUCUACAACCUCUUCCGACGGAAAAAUGCUUUUAAAAGUAAAAAAAAAAAAAAAAAGCAGCUCAGCUGGGAUCAUCAAAGGCUUUUCAAAGCAUUUUUUUCUGCAACCUUUUGCCGAAGAGGUGGUUAAAAAAAUGCUUUGAAAAGUCUUGGCAACUCCCAGCUGAGGUCCUGACUGGCAGAGAGCCAUUUUUAAAAGAGCCUCUCUGACAUCCCAGCUGAGUUCCCUGAUCGGCAGAGCGGCUUUUCAAAGCAUUAGAAAAAAUGCUUUGAAAAGUUUUUUUUAAAAAAAGUUGGCCACGCCCAUCCAGUCACAUUACCCCCACCACUGGUAGUACCGGUAGUAACAGAUUUAACACAACCGGUAGAACCGGUAGUAACAGAUUUUACAUUUCACCCCUGGUUUUGUUUUUGUUUUUUUUUUGUUUUGUUUUGUUUUUAUUAGAUUUAUAUACCGCCCUACUCCUGAAGGACUCGGGGCAGUGAUGGUUCAAAUAGCUUGGAGGACAAUUGCACAAGAUUUCCUUUGUGGGGACUUGAAAAUAGACAAUAUUUGUGGGGAAGGGCUGUUUCUUUUUACAAUGAAAUUUCAGAAUCAUGCCACAUUUCUGCCUUACUGAUGAACAGGAGUUAAAACUGCAACAUCUUAAGAGUAAAAUUAUCAUGUUUAAAGGUAUAAAUAAAUAAGCCAUUAAUCUAGAUAUUUUAAGUGGGAAUCCAAAACUAUUUUGUGGGAAGGGUGUGUGUGUAAAGAAAUCUGAAAUAUUUAUUUAUUUUAUUUAUUUUUAUUCAAUUUGUAUCCCGCCCUUCUCCUAGUGGACUUAGGGCGGUGCACAGUCAGAACUAAAACACAUACCAAUACAAAAUUUAAAAUUUUUAAAAGAAUUAUAUGACUUUGGCCCAAAAUUUAAAACAUUCAAACUAAAACCCAUUGACAAUUUAAAAGGCUAAAAAAUAUACUGUAUAUACAUAGUUAUUUAUUAUUUAUUUAUUUUGUCACAUUUCUAUGCCGCCCAACUCCCAAGGGACCCUGGGUGGCUUACAACAAAGAAUAAAACAAUGCGAACAAUCCCAUUAAAAAAUGGGAUAUAUGUAAUAUAUGUUGCAUAUAUGUAUAUGUGAAAGACUGCACAUGCCAAGUUGUUCUUCAUUGGUCAGACAAUUGUUUAGUUCUUUUAGGUAACUAGCAACCUAGUGACCUAAUUCCAUACUCUCUGGAAUCAGCUGCCCCCAGAGAUAAGGAGAAUCCAAGACCUCGGUGCCUUCCACCGUGCCCUUAAAACCUUCUUUUUCCAGUAAGCUGGGCUGGCCUAACACUUUUUAAAAUGUUUUUAAUUGUCUGUUAUUAUUUUUAAUCAUGGGGCCAAAUUUAUAUAUAUAUCUUUUUAAUUGUAUUUUAAUGUUUGUAGUUUAUGUUUUUACUUGGCUGUUCACCACCCUGAGUCCUUAGGGAGAAGGGCGGUAUACAAAUUUAAAAAUAAAUAAAUAAAUAAAUAAAUAUUUGGAAGUAAUGAUUUCUGAGGAAUUAUCAUCCAAGAUAAAUAUUUUAAGAGCUUUACCUCUUCUUUGAAUGGGAUGCCGAGGAAGGAAGAUGGACCGUCAAUCAGGUGUCUAGGAAGCAAAGAGAAUUCCUAUGAUGAGAGACUGAAGGAAGGAACCAAGCCGUUUCAGCCUUGAAAAGACUGAAAGGGGCAUAAUUGUAUUGUUUGAAUAGCUAAAAGAACCCACCAAAGCAGGGGAGGGUUUCAAAACCUUUCACUACCGGUUCGCUCGGUCAUGUGCGCAUGCACCGCUUCUGCGCAUGCACAGAAGCGUCCAGGCGGGUGGGUGGCGUCUCCCGCCAUCAUUACAAGUUCACCCAAACCGGGGCAAACUGGUAGCAACCCACCAUGCACCAAAGGAAGUCCAGACCUGUUCUCUAUCACCUGGAAUUAUGAAUUUAAGAUGUGAGAAGGCAAUUUUGGUUGAAUGUUACAGGAAAAAAGAAUUCCUAACAGUAAGAGCUUUUCAAUGGGGGGAGGGAAAGAGGAGAUACAUCUUUACUCUAAACGUGUCAAAGCAGGAUAUGCUUUCAUUUCCCACACUGAAUAAAGGUUAGGUUACAUAUUCCGAAUAACCCUAUUGUCUGGAUUCAUAAGAAUGACAGCUGACUUCUCAGACUGGGAAUACUCAUACUGUCAUCCCAAGCAGAAUCAGUACCAGAGGCAUGACUUCUGUCACACGCAAGCCUCUUCUUCUCUUUCUUAAGAAAAAGCCUGCUUUUUAAAAAUAAUAAUAAUAACAACAGGAAAACAGAGAAAGCUGUUGCAAGACUUCUGAUAAAAGGUUGGAAUUUCUAGGCUGGAGAAGAUCCAGAUGAAAACAGAGCACUUUGUUUUGGGAUUCUGAAUACCCCUAAGCCAAAAAGAAAACAUUUAAGCAAAAGAUGUAUUAAUUAUUAAUUUAUUCUGUCUGUGUCUGUCUAAGUUGAAUAUUAUUUAUAUCUCUACCCAAGUUCACAAAUUCAGCAUAUAGCGGGUUUUGUUAAGAUCAAUUUUUUCCCCUGAUGAGAAAUUCGCUGAGCUUGAUAAAAACUCAGAGCCUGGUGAGUUUAUAAUAUAGUAAUACCAUUGCUGUAAUUCCCUUUUAAAGUUAUUGCUGUCCAAUAAUUUGAGAAUUUGUGACUUUACCUCUUUCAAAAUGUUAACAUUUUAAUAUCUAACGUUUAAAAAGAAAUUACAGUUAUUAUCAUUUUUUUAAAAUAAACUUUGCUUUUUGUUUA